AUGGCCACAGCACAACCACCACUCCCGCCCAAGCUCAAGCCGGCUGCUCGAGUUGCUGGCCAGAGACAAGAUGUCUGGUCCAUCGUCAACGAAGCGGCCGCGGCAUCGCCCAAGCAGCCCAUCGUCAACAUGGGUCAAGGUUUCUUCGGUUACAACCCGCCCCCCUUCAUCAUCAAUGCUGCCAAGGCAGCUUUGGACCGGGUAGACUGUAAUCAGUACAGCCCGACUAAAGGUCGACCCAGGCUAAAGAAGGCCAUCGCUGAUGCCUACUCCCCGUUCUGGGGCCGGACGCUCAACCCGGAGACUGAAGUCACGAUCACGACUGGAGCCAAUGAGGGCAUGCUAAGUGCUUUUAUGGCUUUCAUAGAGCCUGGUGACGAGGUCAUCAUCUUUGAGCCAUUCUUUGACCAAUACAUCAGCAACAUUGAGAUGCCUGGCGGGAAAAUCGUCUAUGUUCCUCUGCAUCCGCCUACAGAUGGGGCCACGCGGACCUCGUCGUCUUCUGAGUGGACAAUUGACUUUGAUGAGCUCAAGAAGGCCAUCACACCCAAGACGAAGAUGAUUGUUCUAAACACACCACACAACCCUGUUGGCAAGGUCUUUUCGAAAGAAGAACUUCAGCAAAUAGGAGACAUCUGCGUUGAGAACGAGAUCAUCAUCCUUUCUGAUGAGGUGUAUGACCGUCUAUACUACGUCCCAUUCACUAGAAUCGCUACCCUCUCGCCCGAAAUCGAGAGAUUAACCAUAACCGUCGGCUCUGCUGGCAAGAACUUUUACGCUACGGGUUGGCGUGUAGGCUGGCUCAUGGGACCUGCCCACCUAAUCCAAUAUGUCUCCGCAGCUCACACGCGCAUCUGCUACUCUUCCGUAUCGCCACUACAAGAGGCUUGCGCCGUUGGUUUCGAGCAAGCCGACGCCGAAGGCUUCUGGGACGAGACGGUAAAGGACAUGCAAGGCAAGAUGAAGCGAUUCAACGAGAUAUGGGUGGAGCUGGGACUUCCCUACACGGACCCCGAGGGUGGUUACUUCGUGCUGGUGAACAUGGCGAAGGUCCGGCUGCCCGGCGACUACCCCUUCCCGCCCCACGUCGCCAGCCGCCCCCGCGACUUCAAGCUCGCCUGGUUCCUCAUCCACGAGGUCGGCGUCGCCGCUAUCCCCCCCACCGAGUUCUACACCGACCCCAACGCCCACCUCGCCGAGGACUACAUUCGCUUUGCUGUCUGCAAGGAGGAUGAGGUCCUCGAGACGGCGAAGGAAAGGCUGAGGGGGCUGAGGAAGUAUAUUGAGGGGUAG